AUGUCCCAGGAGCUCGGCGCGGGGCAGGAGAAGCGCAAGAAGACAAAGGAACUGCUUACAAAAGUAGUCGCACGUCUGGAGGAGCAGCUGGAGUAUGGGCAACAGCAACUUGGCAUCGAGCAGUCCGUCAAUGCACGCGCACGGGCGCACGUUGCGGCGCUGCAAGUCAUCUUGCUGGCGAGAUCCGCGCUCCAGCAGCUGCUGUCCCGUGACGGGGACUGCACCGAGCAGAUGCUAGCCUCUCUCGACCUGCAAGCGCAGCUGCUCGGCAGCUGCGCCUGCUGCAGCCCCCGCGCCGGCGGCGCCGGGGCCACGGGCGUGGGAGGCGAGGUGACCUUUGCCCUCGGCAGCAGCAACAUUGGCAGCGGCACCCUCGUGCAGAGCAGCAGCGACCCCUCCACCCUGACGCCCCUCGGCCGCCACCUCGCCCCGGGGCUGGCGCUGUGGCCGGCCCCCGCCACCAGCCAUGACACCGGCUCGACGGCUGGCGGGCUUGGUGCAGCCACCCUGGGCAGCGUUUGGCAGCCGCACGGUUUUGGUGGCCGGCCGAGCGGAGUCAGCGAGGGCGGGGGCGGGGCGCGCGGCGGCGACCAAGCCGGCAGGGGAUCCACCGGGGCUGUUGGGGUCAGCGCCUCUGAGUUUCUCAAGAGCGUCGUGGCCGCGCGCGGCCUGGAUGGCAGCAAGGCCGAGUUCGUGGGCUGGUGGCGCGAGCACGUGAUGCGGCUGGCGAUGCUGUGCCACCAGCACCGCAACGGCGCGGCCAGCCGCGCGCGGCUCGAGCAGGCGCGCGACCCCACCCGCAUGCGGCCCUGCUCUGGCCCUGCCCUGCUGUCUAUGGGGUCCCGGCUGUGCGGCUGUCUGGUGUCCCAGCGCUGGGCGCUGGAGCUGUUUGCUACAAACCUGGAAAGCGGCGAAGAGGGGGAGCCGCCGAGCAGCCUGUGGGACCGCGUGGCGACGUGCAUGGCCGUAGGCGCGGGCGCGGCGACCACCCUGCUGCACCUGAGCGAGUGGUGGCGCCGCGUCACUGCGGCCCUCGCGGCGGAGCACUGCUUGCUGCAGCAGGGGCCGCGCGCCCCCGGGCCCGACCCCAAGACGCUGGCCCACGUGCUCGCGCGGCUGGAGCGCGCACAUGGAUUGUUUCUAGCCGACGCGAUGGCGUUUGCCGUGAUCGCACACGCGUCGGCGCUGGCGCCGGAGCAGCUGGCGGAGGCGUACCUCUCAAGCUGGCCCUACCUGCCCUCCCCCUCCUGCCUGCUGGCCGCAGUGUUGGAUUCGCUCACGCGCCAGCAGCGCCGCGCGCCUGCGUGA